CUGGACUAAGGAUGGAGCUUUUCCCCCGUUUUAUCUGGUGUUUGACCGUCCUGACAAGCCUUGAACAAGCUCAUACUUGGAAGCCAACGAGUCCCCUCAGUCAGAUGUUUGCUGGGGUGAAAGUUCCUCCCACCAUUGGAGGGGAUCCUGGGGAACCUCUCUUUCUUACCCCAUACCUGGAAAGUGGGAAGAUCGAUGAAGCACGCGAGCUGAGCCUUGUGGGAAACCUCCCAGGAGUGAAUGUGAAAAGUUAUGCCGGAUACCUCACUGUGAACAAGACCUAUGACAGCAACCUCUUCUUCUGGUUCUUCCCUGCUCAGGUUAACCCAGACACAGCUCCAGUGUUGCUUUGGCUGCAAGGAGGACCUGGAGGGACAUCUAUGUUUGGUCUUUUUGUGGAGCACGGACCUUAUAUUGUCACGAAGAACCUUACAUUGGUUCAGAGGGAAUUUUCCUGGACAAACAAAUAUUCCAUGCUGUAUAUAGAUAAUCCUGUUGGAACAGGCUUCAGCUUCACAGCAGAGGGAGGAUAUGCAGUGAAUCAAGAUGAUGUGGGAAGAGAUCUGUACAGUGCACUCACACAAUUUUUUCAAAUCUUCCCGGAAUAUCAGCAAAAUGACUUUUAUUGCACAGGAGAGUCCUAUGCUGGGAAAUAUGUUCCUGCAAUCGGCUAUUACAUCCACAUUCACAAUCCAACCGCUAAGGUUAAAAUCAACUUCAAGGGGAUUGCCAUCGGAGACGGACUCUGUGAUCCUGAAGGGAUGUUGGGUGGCUAUGCUGACUUCCUGUACCAGACUGGCAUGGUGGAUGAAAACCAGAAGGAUUAUGUCCAGAAGCAAACUGACAUGGCAAUAAGCUACAUCAAACAGCAGAAGUGGAUUGACGCUUUUGACGUGUUUGAUUCAUUGCUGAACGGUGACAGGACCUCUUACCCUUCAUUCUUCCAAAAUGUGACCGGUUGCAACAAUUAUUUCAAUUUUCUCCAAUGUCAGGAGCCAGCAGACCAGGGGUACUUUGGCUUGUUCUUGGCACUCUCAGAAGUGAGGAAGUCGAUCCAUGUCGGUAACCUGACCUUUCAUGAUGGAUCUGAAGUUGAAAAACAUUUGCUUUCAGAUGUGAUGAAGACCAUAAAGCCGUGGUUGGCUGUGCUAAUGGAUAAUUACAGGGUCCUCCUGUACAGCGGUCAACUUGAUGUCAUAGUGGCUGCUCCUCUUACUGAAAGGUUUUUGCAAACUGUGCCUUGGUCAAAGCUAGAGGAGUACAAGAAAGCUGAGAGGUCAGUCUGGAAGAUCAGACAGACUGAUACUGAAGUGGCUGGUUAUGUUCGAGUCGCUGGAAAAUUUGCUCAGGUUAUAGUAAGAGGAGGAGGACACAUCCUUCCAUAUGACCAAGCUGAAAGAUCAUUUGUGAUGAUUGACAGAUUUAUAAGUAAAUGCAAGAACCUGAACUGUGAGAUGGGAUUCUAAGUUGAUACUAAAUUGUUUUCUGUAACAAACUGGUAAAAUAUGAAUAAAAUGUC